GUUGUUAGCGCAUAGUGGGGUCUGUUCUAGAACCCCGCCUUCAACGUCGAUGGAAAAUCGGUGCGGGGCAGAGCUUCCCCAUAUUCUGGCCAAUCACAAGCUCGGAUUCCCAUCGAAAGACAUCGAAAGUCCAGAGCUUUCCAUGAGCCUUGUGCGAGGUCUCCGGAUACACUCCUGCCCUUUGGUGCUGAAAACCUUCUUCUGCAGCUUGACCUGCCUAUUUGUAGACUGUUUCUCUCCCAACAGUCAACAACUCUUCAGACCAUAACACCAAGCACACCAAGAGAUACCCUUACCUGCUUUUCUUUCCCAGCGAUACCCCACCACAGUAACUCAGCACCAUGUCCACAGCCGACGAGCUCAAGGCUCUGGGCAACAAGGCCAUUGCCGCGAAGAACUUCGACGAGGCCAUUGACAAGUUCACACAGGCUAUCGCCAUCGACCCACAAAACCACAUCCUCUACAGCAACCGCUCGGCUGCUUAUGCUUCGAAGAAGGACUGGGACCACGCCCUCGAGGAUGCCCAGAAGACCACAGAACUGAAGCCAGACUGGCCAAAGGGGUGGGGCCGUAAGGGCACCGCGCUGUAUGGCAAGGGCGACCUUCUUGGUGCCCACGAUGCCUACGAGGAGGGUCUCAAGAUCGAUCCCAACAAUGCUGGCAUGAAGAAUGAUCUUGCUUCGGUCAAGCGUGCAAUGGAGGCAGAGGCGGGACCUGGUUUCGGCGGUGACCCAACUGGCGGUAUUGGGCAGAUGUUCAGCGACCCGAACCUUAUCCAGAAGCUUGCGAGCAACCCAAAGACCAGUGCCUUACUUGCCGACCCGGGCUUUAUGGCCAAGCUGCAGGCUAUCAAGCAGAACCCCAACAACACACAAGAGCUCUUCAGCGACCCCAGGUUUAUUCAAGUGCUGGGCGUCUUGAUGGGUGUUGAUAUGACGAUGGCCGAUCCUGGCUCCCAACCGGGUGCCUCCGGCUCUGCUAAGGAGGCCGAGGAGGAUGUGCCAAUGCCGGAUGCUAAGCCUGCCGAACCAAAGAAGGCCCCUGAGCCGGAGCCGGAGCCGGAGCCUGAAAACGAGGAGGCCCUGGAGAAGAAGAAGGCAAAGGAGGCUGCCGAUAAGGAAAAGCAGCUCGGUACCGAGAACUACAAGAAGCGCAACUUUGACGAGGCUAUCAAGCACUACCAGGCUGCGUGGGAUCUCCACAAGGACAUCACCUACCUCAACAACCUCGGUGCGGCUUACUUCGAGAAGGGUGACUACCAGGCCUGCAUCGAUACUUGCACUAAGGCUGCUGAAGAAGGUCGUGCUCUCUAUGCCGAUUUCAAACUCAUUGCCAAGUCGUACGCCCGUGUUGGUACUGCUUAUGAGAAGCUGGGCGAUCUUGCGCAGGCUAUCGACUACUACAACAUGUCUCUUCGUGAGCACCGGACACCAGAUGUGGUCACCAAGGUCCGGAACGCCGAGCGCAACAAGAUUGAGGCUGCGCGCAAGGCGUACAUCGACCCAGAAAAGGCCGAAGAGGCUCGCGUGGAGGGCAACACGAAGUUCAAAGAGUCGGACUGGCCAGGGGCCGUUGCUGCCUACUCAGAGAUGAUCAAGCGUGCGCCGGAUGAUCCUCGCGGAUACAGCAACCGCGCGGCUGCCUUCAUUAAGCUGCUCGAGUUCCCCAGUGCUCUUGAUGACUGCGACGCCGCCAUCAAGAAGGACCCCAAGUUCAUCCGCGCCUACAUUCGCAAGGCUCAGGCCUACUAUGGCAUGCGCGAGUACAGCAAGUGUGUUGACGCAUGCACUGAGGCCCAUACCGUGGACAAUGAGCACCACAAGGGUGCCAAUGCUAAGGAGAUUGAGCAGCAGCAGCAAAAGGCGUUCACUGCCAUGUACUCGGCGCGCGAGAAUGAGACUGAGGAGCAGACCAGAGAGCGUCUGGCCCGUGACCCUGAGAUCAUGGGUAUCAUGGCUGACCCAGUCAUGCAAGCUAUCCUACAGCAAGCGCAGUCGGAUCCUGCUGCUCUGAACGAGCACAUGAGAAACCCUACGGUUCGCACCAAGAUCCAGAAGCUGAUGGCCGCCGGUGUUAUUCGUGUUGGUAGGUAAAGAAUGGGUUGGAUGGGCUUCGUGACGGAGUAGGGUGUUUGAUUCCUCAACUAUAAUUUCCGGGGUUUUAAAGUGAUAUCUGGUCGUUAAUGAGUUGCAUGAGAAAUGAUUUUGCACUGCUGUAGGAGACAUGGCAUUCUGACAGAACAAUGAGACAUCUGUUAAAAGUCAUG